GACCCACGCCUCGACUGGGGUUGAUUUAUCUGUGGAAGACCUGCUGCAAAUGGCUGCCCUGCCUGCGUCGCCAGGAUGGAAAACAGGACUGUCAAUAGGAUGCGGCCUGACGAAUAGCAGCAAGUGAAGAUGUUGCCUCCGCCAGUGUGAAAUCAGUGGGGAGUACUUGCCAUGCAAAGAGCCUUUGAAAGUUUUGACAGCCGCACGUUUGGGAGGCCUCAUACUUUUCCUUUGAUUGUACCCCUUUCUGUGGGCGGACCUAAAGUGGAUUGUUGCUGCUAGCGCUGCGGUGUGGUGAGCCCUAGUUGGUGUGUGUGUGUAUCUACUGGUGUGGCAGAGGGAGCAUGCCCCUGCAGAGGCCUGGCCGUCUGAGGCUGCACCCUGCCUGGAGGGUCAUGCAGCCCCGGCUGGGCGUAGGCCUGGGUCUGGGCCUGGACCUCACCUUCCUGCUAUGGAUACUGAGCCUAGCACAGCAGGCCCUGGUCACGGCCUCUCAGAAACUGGACGAGACGGACCCCGUGGUCACCACCGUCUACGGCAAACUGAGGGGCGUCAAGAAGGAGCUCAACAACGAGAUCCUGGGACCCGUCAUUCAGUUCCAGGGGGUACCUUAUGCCGCACCCCCCACGGGCGAGAGGCGCUUCCAGCCCCCGGAGCCGCCCAUCUCGUGGCCAGAGGUCCGUAACGCCACGCAGUUCGGCCCGGUCUGCCCUCAGACCAUCGUGGAGGGGCGUCUGCCAGACGUCAUGCUGCCUGUGUGGUUCACUAACAACCUGGAGAUAGUGUCUUCUUACGUACAGGACCAGAGCGAGGACUGCCUUUUCUUAAACAUAUAUGUUCCCACUGAGGAUGGUCCCCUUACAAAGAAACACAAUGAUGAUUUAGGUGAUAAUGACGGGGCGGAGGAUGAAGACAUCCGUGAAAGCGGUAGCCCCAAGCCAGUGAUGGUAUUUAUCCAUGGGGGAUCCUACAUGGAGGGCACUGGGAAUAUGUUUGACGGCAGCAUCUUGGCAAGUUACGGCAAUGUUAUCGUCAUCACAGUGAACUACCGGCUUGGAGUAUUAGGGAAAGAGAGGCUGUGGCUGAAGUACACGGGCAUGUGCCACCAGCAGGGCUGUGGGGGCUGUGGCCUCAGUGUUCUGGUGACACAAUGGAUAUUAGUGGUGUCUGGUAGAGCGCAGCAGAUGUCCAUGUAA